AUGGCCUCGACCCAUAAUGCGAAAAAGGAGCCGCCUCUGACCUUGCCUGCGAAUGACAGCCCCGGAGAUCCAGAUGCCGUGCCUGAUCCCAACGAAGUGUUUUGGGAUGACGACGCAGAUCCUUCAAACCCUAUGAACUGGAGCCCCACUUAUCGUUGGUCACAUAUUGUUUUUGUUACACUUCUGACCUUUGUCACCUCGCUAGCUUCGUCCAUGCUGGCACCUGCUGUUCAGGAUGUGAUGAGGUCUCUUGGAUCGGACAAUGCCGAACUCGAGUCCUUUGUCGUGUCGAUCUAUGUGAUCGGAUUCGCCAUUGGCCCACUGAUCGUGGCACCGAUGUCUGAAUUGUACGGCCGCGCCGUUGUUUACCAUGUGACAAACAUAAUUUUCCUUGGGGUUACCAUUGGAUGUGCCUUGAGCAGAAAUGUGGGGAUGUUUCUGGCAUUCCGCUUCAUCUCCGGCUGUGUAGGGGUAACGCCGUUGGCUUUGGGUGGAGGUACCAUUGGUGACCUCAUGCCACCUGAACGGAUGGGAACCGCGAUGGCUGUUUGGGGUUUAGGAUCACUAGUGGCACCUGUUUUCUCUCCCAUUGCAGGAGGCUACCUAAGCGAGGAACUUGGCUGGAAAUGGAUCUUUUGGGUUAUUGCUAUUCCGAUGGCCAUCCUUUCCAUCUUAUCUCCCUUCUUGCUUCGUGAAACAUACGCCCCGAUACUACUGGAAGCUAAAACUCGGAGACUUCGUAAGGAGACAGGUAAUCCUCAAUUGAAGUCUCGUCUGGAUCCUGGGGUCCCUCGCCGGGAAGUCAUCUUUACGGCUCUCAUUCGUCCUCCCAAGCUUCUGUUGACGUCGUUUGUGGUGACGAUAAUUGCACUAGACGUAGCAGUGGUAUACGGAUAUCAGUAUCUCGUCUUUACUACGCUGGCAUACAUUUUCCAGGACAAAUAUCACUUGUCCACUGGCAUAUCUGGGUUGGUUUACUUAGGAAAUGGAAUUGGGACCAUUUUGGGCAUCUUCAUCAUUGGCUACGCGUCGGAUAAAGUCACCGAACGAAAGAAGACGAGAGCAUCCGCCUCGGGCAAAGAUGUCCAGCCAGAAGAGUACCUGUGGCCUAUGCUUCCUUCGGGCCUGGUAGCUCCCAUCGGUCUCCUUUGGUAUGGAUGGUCGUUGCAGGCGAAUACACCCCCAGUGGUCCCAGUCGUUGGCCUUGGAUUGUUUGGGUUUGCCAUGAUGGGCAUUUUUCAGCCAGCGCAGGUAUAUUUGUUGAAUGCUUUUCCGAUACAUUCUGCCUCCGCCCUGGCGGCGAUGAAUAUUCUCAGAAGUUUGGCCGGGGGCUUGCUGCCUCUCGCAGGUCAGGGCCUGUACGAUGCUCUGGGAAUGGGAUGGGGCAACAGUCUCUUGGCAUUUAUCGCAUUGGCGUUCGCUCCUGUGCCCUUUCUUCUGAAAAGAUAUGGGGCAAAACUUAGGAUGAAGGACCGGAACAUGAAAUGA